GGUCCUUCCUCAUACACUGCAACUUUCCUUUUCCUUUGAUAGCCACUUUAUCUUUGAUGUUUGGUCUUUUGUUUGUUUUAAGGACGGUCUCACUAUGCAUCCCUGUGUGGCCUAGAACUCACAGAUCUGCCUGCUCCUGCGUCUCGAGUGUUUGAGAUAAAGGCGUGCGCCACCUCGCCGAGCUAUCCACUUUCUUUUGACCACCCGAGUCGUUGUGCUUGUCUUUCCCUGUUCCCCAUGGAGCGAGAGCUUCAGGGUCUGGACCGUGAGAAUCGCCGUGUGACUCCAGCUGACUAAGCGGCCAGAGGACAGCGCUCCCUUCGUCUCUCUCCCUGUUCCCCGACCAGUGCGUAAGGAGGGCGGUCCAUGCGGGGGCCGAGACCCCACCUCCACGCUCCACGCCUGCUACAAACUCCCGGCUGGAGAGGAGGGAACAAAAGGGGGAUGCUACUUGGUUAGCUAGCGUCGCGGCUCCAAGACAAGCCACUGGGCGACCGCGGCCAGGUGGGCUCCACCUUAAACCGGAGGCCCGCCCCCACGCCUGUACACACCCUUUCGGCUCGGCUGCGCUCCCGGCAUCCCUCACGCGUGGACGCUGGGCUUCCGGACCUGGGCGGAGCCCGCGGGUUUGGCCGAUUGCGUCUUCCCAGCCCAAGCCUUCCAGCACCCGGUGCCAGGGGCCAUGGAGCCCCGGGCAGUUGCAGAUGCUUUGGAGACGGGAAAGGAAGACACAGUUACAGAAGCUCUGCAGUCGUUCAACCGGGAGCACUCCGAGAGCUUCACCUUCGAUGAUGCCCAACAGGAGGACAGGAAGAGACUCGCAAAGCUGCUGGUCUCCUUACUGGAGCAGGGCUUGUCACCAUCACUCCGUGUCACCUGGCUGCAAACUAUCCGAAUCCUAACCCGAGACCGCAGCUGCCUGGACACCUUUGCCAGCCGCCAGAGCCUACAUGCACUAGCCUGCUAUGCUGACAUCACCGUCUCAGAGGAGCCCAUCCCACAGCCCCCGGACAUGGAUGUCUUACUCGAGUCUCUCAAAUGCCUGUGCAAUCUCGUGCUCAGCAGUCCUACAGCCCAGAUGCUAGCAGCAGAGGCUGGCCUGGUGGUGAGGCUGGCAGAGCGUGUGGGACUGUACCGCAAAAGGAGCUAUCCCCACGAAGUCCAGUUCUUUGACCUGCGGCUCCUUUUCCUGCUGACAGCCCUUCGCACUGACGUGCGCCAGCAGCUGUUUCAGGAGCUGCAUGGGGUGCGCCUGCUGACUGAUGCGCUGGAGCUCACACUGGGGGCGGGCCCCAAAGAAAAACCCCCGGUGGUACUUCCGGCCCAAGAGACCGAGCGGGCCAUGGAGAUCCUCAAAGUGCUCUUUAACAUCACCUUUGACUCUGUCAAGAGGGAGGUGGAUGAGGAAGAUGCUGCCCUUUACCGAUACCUGGGGACCCUUCUGCGGCACUGUGUGAUGGUUACUGCUGCUGGAGACCGCACAGAGGAAUUCCAUGGCCACACAGUGAAUCUCCUGGGGAACUUGCCCCUCAAAUGUUUGGAUGUCCUUCUCGCCUUGGAGCUACACGAAGGAUCCUUGGAGUUUAUGGGAGUCAAUAUGGAAGUGAUCAGUGCCCUUCUUGCCUUCCUAGAGAAGCGGCUGCACCAGACCCACAGGCUGAAGGAGUGUGUUGCACCUGUGCUGAACGUGUUGACGGAAUGUGCCCGCAUCCACCGUCCUGCCAGGAAGUUCCUCAAGGCCCAGGUUCUGCCCCCUCUGAGAGAUGUGAGGACUCGGCCUGAGGUGGGGGACCUGCUUCGAAACAAGCUUGUCCGCCUCAUGACACACCUGGAUACAGAUGUGAAGAGGGUAGCUGCUGAGUUCCUCUUUGUCUUAUGCUCUGAGAGCGUGCCCCGAUUCAUCAAGUAUACAGGCUACGGAAAUGCUGCCGGUCUCCUGGCGGCCAGGGGCCUUAUGGCUGGGGGCCGGCCCGAGGGCCAGUACUCGGAGGAUGAGGACACCGACACAGAGGAAUACAGGGAAGCUAAGGCCAGCAUCAACCCUGUGACUGGAAGGGUGGAGGAGAAGCCGCCCAAUCCUAUGGAAGGCAUGACAGAGGAGCAGAAGGAGCAUGAGGCUAUGAAGCUAGUGAACAUGUUUGACAAGCUCUCCAGGCACAGAGUCAUCCAACCCAUGGGGAUGAGUCCCCGGGGUCACCUCACUUCUCUGCAAGAUGCAAUGUGUGAGACUAUGGAGGGGCAGCUCUCCUCAGACCCCGACUCCGACCCUGACUGAAGAUUGCAGCGGCUUUGCUCCCCUUCAGAACUGGUGCUGCUUCCAGAUGUGUCCUUGGGGUGCUGCCUAGAGAAGCCACACUCCUCUCCAGCAGGGGAACCUUUCUCUUUACUCCCCACUAUCCAUGAUUUGCCUUUGGUCCAGUUUCUUGUGUUUAGGACUGUGGUAGUCUUACUCUCUGUGAAGACUGAGAAACUAUCCUUCAUUUCCACAAGCAAAGUUGUUUCUUUGAUGUUUGCCAAGCAUAUGCCAUCGCUACAGACGUGGGCAGAGUCGCCUUGGCACAUAAGUGAACAUGCAUGUAUGAGGGUGGUGACUGAGUAGGUGUACAUUGUAUAAGCAUGUCUGUAUGUGGGGCAUAUCCUGUUUCACACAUGGAAGAAUCUACUGGAACUGUUUAAGUAUGUCAAACACACGGCAUCACAAUUCCUAUUUGUGGCCCCACUGAGCCCAUGGCCAGUGAACGGCCUUUUCUGAAUUCUUCUUGGUCUUGGCUCAAUCACCACUGCAUUAUCUACAUACCCAAGCCUCACUGAGAGCUCAACAGAACAACCACUGGCUUAGUAAUUGUAUGAAGGCAAAAGUGUAAGACAAGUACAAUCUGAGAUUUCUGAGGCACAGAAUAAAGAGUUUGGGACAAGACUGUAUAUCUGUGAAGUAGCCAGGUGAAAAGAUAUCAAAUAGAAACUAAUUUCAUUCUUUUUAGAAUUCAGGAUGCCCUACAUCACCAGUGGCACAUAUGCUGUCAUUGGAGGACAGAAACAGGAGACCCCAUUCAUUCCCUGGGAUCUGCCUGCCAGCCCCAGUAAGAAUGGGUGCAGGAACAGGCGGUGCUUCAACCUAGGAAACAGCCUCAACUGUAUAACUGUAUGCACUUGGGUAGGAGCCCAGGCACAAGCAGCCUGUGCUUAAUCACAACUGCAUGUAGGACAGGAAAAGUAAAAGACCCAGGGGUCUCCCUGAGUAAUGCCUGCCACUGAUUUUAGCACCAUUACUGGAGAAGCCUGGGUGGGGUAGUGGGAGUGACUUAGGAGGGGCUGGGCAGACAGGAUUCUGGAUAUUCUUGAGGGACUGUGUAGAAAAGGAGCCUGAGUUAAUACCAGGGUGAGUCAAAGGACAGAUGGGCUUAGUCUUGUUAUCCUAGAGGAAGACACCCACAUAACCUGAAAUAUGUUAACACUUAAUUGUCCUGAAGAGACAAACAAAAGGAUGCCAAGUUUUUAUACUAAAAUUUAUUACAUGCAAGAAAUGAAGUUUGUUUGUUUUCUUUAGCAAAGAUGCCUCUGUAGAGACUGACAUGCCAGAUUACCCUCAUGCAUCACCUGGGUCUGGUGAUGGAUAGACAUGCUGUGCUGCCCUCCUGAUAACUGUAAGGACCACUGCCAGAAAGAAGGCUUCUGCACUACAGGCUUCAGCAGUGAUGGGACAGAGCACACAUGGAGCUCCUUUACACUGUGAUAGCAUGGCCCCAAGGGUAAACAUUCAAAGGCAGCCUCAGAAGACCACUACCCAGGUCACACAUCGUGGUUCGGCCCAGAUUUAUAAACCUGUCCGAGCUGUUUUCAGGCAUGAGGUCUCCCUGGAAAGAGGAUCUCCAGUGUGACUUUCCCGCAGGUGAUGAAGCCAUAGUCUUAUCUGUCCUGUCCAUCCAGCUGGAACAGAGGAGCCCAGUUAACUUCACAGCCAGACAGGCUACAUCCCAGACCUGGACCAGUCAUUGAAGUCAAGCAAAAUACUUUAUGGAGCAAGCUUUUCUCUUUAAAGUGAACAAGAAAAGGGAUCCCAGAAGGCCUAGCACAUCACAGGUGGCUAAAUAAAGACUGUUUUCCAAGAAAUGGCACCAGCAUACAUUCAGUCCUAAGAGUCAAAUUUUGGAACAAAAAGACAAAAAUAAUGCGGGUGGUUACAUCUCAUCUGUGGAAGCAGUAAAUGCCAAAGCUCAUCUACAAUAUACCUUGCUUCUCUUUGGUCCAUUUCAUUAAGAGCUCGGGCUAAACACAAGAGGCCAGGAGCUUUUGCCAGUAAAGUUGAGGAGACUGCUGGACAUGGCCCAGAGCCAUGAGGGGCUAGAAUUUUCUUAAGAUUCUGUCUUGGCAACAACAGAACAUCAAUUGUGACAUUCUGGUGGAACCUUCUGAGCAAUGCUGCACCUGUCUACAAUAGAAUUGGGGGUUGAAUGCUAGCACUUCACUAUAGAAAAUAAACACAGCACGAUUCUCAUAGGAAA